AUGCAUUUAUCGAGAAGUAUAAACAAGCUUUCAUUAGAUCCACCAGAUCUACUGAACCCUUUGCGAUUUCACCACCACCACCAAAACCUGCAAAACGAUGAUAUGCCCUACAUGAACAUCAAGAAUAUAGACUACGACUUGUUGGAGUCCAAGUACCAGAUUUUCAAGUAUUGUCCGCAGUAUAUCCACAAUUAUGACAUAUCAACCCCGGUGUUGAGAGAUUUGAUUGUGGACAAGCCCAUUUACAACGACGCCAACAAGCAUGUGAAGCUUAAAAAAAGAAAAAAGAAGAAGAGAAAUGGCAAUUUGGAUGAACAAGGAGAAGAGCCACAGCAACACCAGCAACAAAAGGACGAGCAAAAGCAACGCAAGGAGAAAAAGGAGGAAAGGAAGGAGAAAAGGGAGGAAAUGAAGGAGUUGAAAAGGCAACAUCAACGCGAGAAGAGAGACUUAAAAGAACAGCACAAGCAACUGUAUUCUGGCCACUACAUGAAGAAAGUCAAUAGUUUGAGUUGUGCCAAUGGUGGUAAUCUUCAAGUAAGCCAUAAUGCUGGACAAGUCAACCCAUAUCAGUUGAAGACGCAGUUUUGCAAUGGACUUGGCAUAACCGGCAUGUCGAGGAGAAAUUCAGAGGCUUUGUCAUAUCUUGACAAUGCCAAUAACACUGCAACUAGUGAUCAAUUUGAUAACAGCCAUGAUCAUGAUCAAGACCACAAAAAUGGAAAUGAAACUGAAGCAGAAACUGAAGCUGAAGCAGAUAAAUGCCACAACUUUGGUGGGUACGACAGUGAAAAGACCGAAGUUGAUGACGAUUUCAACAGCUCUAUUGCAUUUAAAAACCCAUUCAAUGGUGGCGGGUUCAACCAAAAUAUGAAUAUGAUGACUCUGAUGUCAAAGUCGUCCUCAUACAACAAUUACAAUUUCCUCCACCACCAACCGCACCAGCAACAGCAACACCCCAAUUCGAGAAAUAACUCGGUAAUGAUGUCUACAUCGGCCAGUAUGAACGCCAUGCAUCCUUCAAAUCUGCAGCACUCUUCGCAAUAUGCAAACUCUCAAUCCCAUUCACAGCGGGAUAGAAGAUCGUCAUCGAUCACUUUGAUCAAUAAUAGUCAGAAUUCGUCUCAAAAUAGGUACAACAACAAUCUUGGCGGUGGCUAUAAUGUUGGCCAUUCAACUAAAUCAAAGAGGUCAUCUUCUAUAGCUUCCAGAUUCAUGAACAUUUUCACAAAAGAUCACGAUGAUGGCGCCGCUGGUGAAGAAGACGACAACGACGAUGAUGAUGCUGACAACGUACUUGCAUCAUCAGAGUUUAUUGCAAGAAAGUCAGGUAGCAAUGGCAGCCAUGGUAGUAAUGAAGCGACAGCAGGAGGAGGAAUCAAUACGAUGAAGAGAGCCAGCUCUACUGCUCUGCAUAGACAGAGCCACACAAAUCACAAGCCUCCCAAUUGCAGUAGCAAUUUCGACUUUAACUUUGGAUCCAACACGAAUAAUGGCGAUAGCAUGCAUUCGUCAUUCCCAAUCCAGAAAUCGAGCACAUUUGACCAAACAAGAAGCGCCAAGACUACAUUAAAGAACAAAUUGAAAAUGAAACUUACAAACGAAUCCGGGAGGAGGUUCAGUGAACUGAUUGGUAUGUAUACAAAUAUCCUACCCUAUACUAACAUCUACUUACUUUUGCAAUGCUAGCGGAGAGAUCAACAAAAAAAUGGAUUUUUAGAAGCACAAGUUUGGGUUCAGGGUCGAGAUACAACGGGAAAUGCCGAGGAGAUCCAAAGGAGGGGAAAACAAAAACAGGGACCAAAUUGUCCAGAGGGUACCAAUGCAGGCAAAAGGUCCGUCAAACCAAGCGAGAUCACGUUGCUGGUUAUAAGAUUUCGAUGUGGGUGUCGUUGUGUUUGUCAAAGGAUGUCGAAAAAAGAAAUGGUUCUAGACCACCACGACUCCGAUUCCAUUUUGCCAGAACUGUUGGGGUGUGCAAAUAAGGCGAGUUGAAGGAAAGGUGGGGUUUAGGGGGUAGUUUCAAUGCCACGAAUAUGAUGCGGUGGCAGUUGCAAGUGUGACCCUUUUUGGUCAUGAAGUAUUUUGUUCUUUAUUCCAUUUAAACCUAAGCCCAAGUUUAAAUUUGUGGUGAUGUUUGGCUGCAGCUCGAUUGGUGGGCGAUGCAGUGCGGUGCAAUGCACUGCACGGUGGGCAAUCUAGACAGUGAAGGAAUGGAAGAAAACAAAAAAAAAAAUCAAAAAGCGGGGUAACACGACACAAACUGCACCGCGUGUGUCGGUCUCGGCGCUACCGCCCUUUGAAAGCCCGUGCACGACACCUAAAGAAUCUUUUAUUACAUCAUUGGACUCACUGUGGGUGUCUUUUUGCGCGUGCAGCAAAAACAGAGAGGCGAACAAAACCAAAACUAUCGAAUUGCACAAGGUUAUUGAUAGGGGCCGGAGGGGGGGAAAUUUGCCCUUGUGCUUUGGGAGGCUUUUUUUCAUCACGCGUGGUGGCAGUGGUGGUAACGGUGGCAAGGCGGCUUUAAGUCUAACCUAGUUGGCGAUCCUGGAUAAGUUGAAGAGCAACUAGGCGAAUGAAGUAGAGGGCUAGCUCAGUACUUGCCAUUGAGAGACAUGGGGUGAUUUCUCUAAUCAACCUCCGGGGUGGAGAUCCACCCGCAAUCUUUCCAAGGUCUUGCCACUAGAAACACACACACACACUGACACUGUACAAUUAACGGUGGUGAUUGCAGUAGUGUUGACAGCAGCGAUUGCAGCAGUGAUCACAUUCGCAAUAAUUUGUGGGUGAAAUUUAUUAACGCGAGAUCCAAACAUCAGUACUGAUGCCGAAAGUGGUGGUUGAGCAAUAAUAAAUCCAUUCCAGACACUACCAUCAUUCGUUUUUUUGUUGUUUUUUUUUUUUAAAGUUGACAAAUUGGAAACGGGGGAAAAAAAAACACUCACACUCCCAACUCACUACCCACUGCUGACAACAACCACAACAACUACUACAGCAACUACAACGACAACAAAUACAGUAGCAGCGAAUCAAAGCCAAAAGCCAUAUCCAAGGCCCAAGGAAUCGACGUCCAAUCGAGAGAAGAAAACAAUACCCGUUUCAUCUCCUCCAGUCUUUUUUUUUUUUUGUUUUUAAUUACCAACCUUUUAGCUUCUACGCGUUCCUGGUUUACCUGGUUUGGUCGCAGCUUUUCUCCACCGCAAGAGGCACACACACCUCUCGUUACGAAGAUAGUCAGGUACUUUGCAAAGGAGAGAAAAAAAAAAAGUGUGAGCGAGAAAUUGGAUUUUAAAAAUUCGGAAAAAACUCAACCAACAAGUUCCUCUUCUCCUUGAUCAGAUCAAUCAUUAGAUCAAAAGCAAUCGAUCAAUUAUCAAUAGUCGUUCUUGUCGUCAUCACUAUUUGACGACAAAAGACCAAGACAGAGAAGCAGAAGAAGCAGAGGCAGUGGAAGAGGACGAAAGAGGUUGACUAAACAAUUUCUAAGUAAACUCUCCCCGCCACUUGAACGAAUACUUUUCUGUGCAACCCCAGAGCUCGUUCCCCCCCGUGUUUUGUUUUAACAACCAAUCAAAGAGUCAGAGACGUUUUUCUUUUACAAUUUACUCCAUCAAGACGUUACGACAGAACCCUCGAAAUACCUCACUGCUGCAUCAAUUAGUCGCUCCUUUUCUUUGUCACUAACUUUGUUAAUUUUGCUGUCAUUGUCACUGUAUUAAAAACGACCCCAGACCCUGUUUCCAUCCAUCCUCGAGUUGUCCCUGUUGUCAAAUACAAACAAAAAAAAAAAAAAAAGAACAAAAAAAUCCCUUUUACUUGCAUAUUUUGAAAUUUUGCCCCGGACCAGUUCAGAACCGAACCAAAAACGUUGGCUCAUAGUUGAAAUCCAAAUUGAAAUCCAAAUUGAAAUCCAUAUCCAUCGCAUUGCAUUGGUAUUCCUAUAGAGUUAUAAAUAUUCUAUAAAUAUUGAAAAUACUAACAUGUCGAAAAUAGAAGUUGUUACCGAAAAUGUCACAAGCGGCCAUACUGGCGAAGUGCAAACAAUCCAAUAUACGCAGUCGCAAAUGGUGGGCCAUGGGUCGUUUGGAGUGGUUUUCCAAACCCAGAUUAUGCCCGCUAAUGAGAUAUGCGCCAUGAAACGAGUUCUUCAGGACAAGAGAUUCAAGAAUAGGGAGUUGCAAAUCAUGAAGCUCGUGCAUCACCGCAACGUGGCUGACUUGAAGUAUUUCUUUUACACCAACAAUGACAAGAAUGAAUUGUACUUGAACCUCAUAUUGGAAUUUGUUCCUGAAACAUUAUACAAGGCAAGUCACUAUUAUGUUUCGAAAAGAUUGAGCAUGCCGCCAUUAGAGAUUAAGCUCUACACCUAUCAAAUGUUUAGAGCAUUAAAUUAUAUUCACUCGCAAGGUAUAUGUCAUCGAGAUAUAAAACCGCAGAAUUUACUUAUUAACCCAUCGAGUGGUGAACUCAAACUAUGCGACUUUGGAUCGGCCAAGAUUCUCAACCCACAAGAACCCAAUGUCUCCUACAUAUGCUCGAGAUAUUACCGUGCCCCCGAGUUGAUUUUUGGAGCCACAAACUAUACGACAAAGAUUGACGUGUGGAGUGCCGGAUGCGUGAUGGCGGAAUUGAUAUUGGGACAACCGUUAUUCCCUGGUGAAUCUGGUAUUGACCAAUUGGUUGAAAUCAUCAAGAUCUUGGGCACGCCGACCAAGGAACAGAUUAAGAAUAUGAAUCCAAACUACAUGGAGCAUAGAUUCCCACAGAUCAAGCCAAUUCCAUUAAACAAAAUCUUCAAAAAGAUGUCGCAGGAUUGCAUUCAAUUUUUAAUAAAGGUACUUCAAUAUAGUCCCAUUGAUAGAAUUAGUUGUGUUGAGGCAUUAUGUGAUGGUUAUUUUGACGAGUUGAGAAACCAGGCUACACAGUUGCCCAAUUAUAGAAAGUUGUUUUCCCAGAAUAUGCAUCAAAGCUCGUCAUCGCAUUCGUUGAAUGCCGCCCAGUAUCAAUUGUACAAUUCACAGCCGGACAUGAAGCCCAUGCCUGAGUUGUUUGACUUUGACGAUCGAGAAUUGAGCGUUGCGCCGCAAUUGAACUCGCGACUAAUACCAGCAUGGGCGUGGUCACAUCUCCAAUUGAGGAAUCCCAUUAAUAAUUUAAGUGAGUUUGUGCCCAAGACCGAGGAGGAGUUGAAGGUUAGUUUAGAAUAG